AUGGGCUUUGAAAGUUUUGUUUUUGCACAUAAUUGGUUAUUAAAUUUUCAUUCUUUAUUUAUGUCAAUGUUUUCUGACUUUGUACAUCCACAAAAUGAACAAAAAAUGAAUUUUAGAAAAUUUGUUGAUUUUCUUAAAAAUGUACAAAAUGAUGAAUUAGGUAAAAGUCCAGAAUUGGCUUCAGAUUAUUUAAGACGUUAUUUUCGAGAUGUUGACCCAGACAGAGAUAUUGCCGAGCCUUGGUUAAGUACGAGUGAAUUUGUUGAUUAUUUAUUUUCUUGUGAUAAUUCUUUAUUCGAUCCAGUAAACAAAGAAGUUGUUCAUGACAUGACUAAACCAUUAACUCAUUAUUGGAUAUCUUCUUCUCACAACACUUAUUUAACUGGAGAUCAACUUAAAAGUGAAUCUUCUUUGGAUGCUUAUGCCCGGUCUUUAUUACUUGGAUGCAGGUGUGUAGAGUUAGAUUGUUGGGAUGGACCUCAAAGAAAAGGUCCAAAUGGGGAAACAAUAAUUGAUAUAGUUAUUUAUCAUGGAUAUACAAUGACUUCAAAAUUGGCAUUAAAAGAUGUUUUACAAACAAUUAAACAUUAUGCCUUUCAAACUAGCGAUUAUCCAUUAAUACUUUCAAUAGAAGAUAAUUGUUCUGUUCCAGCCCAACGUCAAAUGGCUAUUGAUAUUCAAGAAGUUUUGGGGGAUUUAUUAUUAACUUCACCAAUUUCUAGAGACGAAUGGGAACUUCCAUCGCCUUGUGCCCUUCGAAAUAAAAUUAUUUUAAAACACAAAAAAUUAAGAGAAGAACAACAAGAAAAUGAGAAUUUAAAUAAUAAUUCUUUUUUGUUAGAAGAUGAAUUAGAUCAGGAUAUUUUAAGUAGACAAUGUAUUAAAAAAGGUGUUUUGUGGUUAAAGAAUGAUGUUUCUAAUGCUAAUAGAGGAAUAGGUAUUUUUUAUUUUUAA